UCAACCUGGAAGACUAAACUCGCUGCAAAGCGAACAGAAACACGAACACAACAAGUGAACACAAUGGCGGGACUCGAGCGGCUUUACUGCGCAGCACGGACGCGGUUUUACUGACCGGGUACAUGUCACUUUAUAACUUUUAGUCGUAACAUUAGUCGCCGUGUUUUUGGCGCUUCGGUAGAACCAGAGUUCUGCUUUCAGUCGGAUGAAGUGAGUGAGACAGGUCACUUUUAAAGACAGACAGGUCGGUUUAACGGCUGCCUCUGAGGACAGUUCGUGUCUCUCUACGUCAAUGUCCACAUUCCAGUUCGCUGAGGAGCUGGACUUCAGGCUGAUCUUUGAGGAGGACGGAACACAGACAGCAGGUCCAGAUCUGGAUGUCAGGACACCUCCCACCUCCACACAGGCUCUGACCGAGCAGCCCGUCAUUCAGGAGCUGCGUAGUCAUCCUGCACGUUUCCCCACCGCAGACGAAUACCUGCAUGUCGGAUACCAAUCCCAGGAGCCCCAGUAUGCAACCCAGGGGAAUCCCAGAGCCUUCGAUUGCCCAAGUAUCCAGAUCACCUCCUUCGCUCCUAACAGCCAUGUGGAGCUGGGCUGCAGCCAGGAAGCUUUGGCGGUGGGAGGGGCAGAGGGGGGUUACCCUGAGGUGUCCAGGUCCAAAGGCCAGCUCUACCUGCCUCUGGACGCAUGCUACCGGGACACGGCGCUGUGCCCGAGCCCUUGCAGCAGCCUGUCCUCCAGAAGCUGGAUGUCUGACCUCUCCUCCUGCGAGUCCUUCUCCCACAUCUACGACGACGUGGAGGAGCUGCACGAUGCCGCGCACCUCGCCCUGGGGUCACCCCUCGGGUCGCCUCUGGGAUCCCCGGGCUGCGGGGGCGGGGCCUUCGGGGUGGAGCUGUGGCAACAGAAGUACCAGCAUCCUCUGGCUUUCAGCCCGGCGCUGUCACCUCAUCAGUCGCCCCGUCAGUCGCCCUGCCACUCCCCACGCACCAGUAUCACAGAGGAGAGCUGGCUGAACCGCCGGCCCGUCUCCAGGCCCUCAUCAAGACCGACCUCCCCCUGCGGGAAGAGACGCCACUCCAGUGCAGACCCCUGUGCCCGCUCGCCCUCCCCUCACCACUCCCCCAGCCCCACACCGGGCGCCUCUCCACGAGGCAGCGUGACAGACGACACCUGGGUGGGAAGCCCCGCCGGUGCCUUGGGAUCCCUCCUUAUGUCUGGCUACCAGGAGCUGGAUGUCCCCUCCAAAACCAGGAGGACGUCUGGGAGCCAGCUGGCCCUCCUGGCUAGUCAAGGAGACCGUGGGCUGGAGCCCCUCCAGGAUUCCCCCAGAGAGGAGGGGUGUGAACAGGACAGCCUGGCCCAGCUCUUCCUUCAGGUGCCCUCCCACUUCAGCUGGAACAAACCCAAACCUGGAAACCCUCCUCUGUUCAGGACCUCAUCGCCCCCUCCUCUGGACUGGCCUCUGCCCAGCCAGUUUGACCAGUGUGAGUUAAAGCUGGAGGUCCAGCCCAGAUCCUACCACAGGGCGCAUUAUGAGACAGAGGGCAGCAGAGGGUCCAUUAAGGCAAAUACUACAGGACAUCCUGUGGUCAAGUUGAUGGGAUUCUGUGAGCAGCCGGUCAGCCUGCUGUUGUUCAUCGGCACCGCAGACGACCGCAACCUUCGGCCCCAUUCCUUCUACCAGGUCCACCGUGUGACAGGGAAGAUGGUCGCCACCAACUGCCAGGAGAAGAUUGUGAGUUGUACGAAAGUCCUGGAGAUCCCUCUGCUUCCAGAAAACAACAUGUCUGCCAGCAUCGACUGUGCGGGCAUCUUGAAGCUGCGUAACGCCGACAUCGAGCUGAAGAAAGGGGAGACGGACGUCGGGCGGAAGAACACGAGGGUGCGUGUUGUGUUCAGGGUCGCCAUCCCUCAGCCGGACGGCCUGAUGCUGUGGCUGCAGACCACGUCUGUUCCUGUGGAGUGCUCCCAGCGCUCGGGCCAGGAGCUCCCUCAGGUGGAGAGCUUUAGUCCAGCCAGCUGCUCUGUGGAUGGAGAAGAGGAGCUGCUCAUCACCGGAUCCAACAUCUCCUCACAGUCCAGGGUGGUUUUCAUGGAGAAGGGACCUGAUGGAAGAUCACUGUGGGAAGUGGAUGCUCGGGUGGUGCCAGAAAAAAGCAGCGCAUCCAGCGUCGUGGUGGAGGUUCCUUCAUACAAUAAGAAGACAAAGGAUCCGGUCCAGGUCCAGUUCUACGUCUCCAAUGGGAAGAGAAGGAGAAGUCUAACUCAGAGUUUCACCUACCUGCCUGCAGUCAGACUUCACCCCCCCGCUGCCGCUGGAGUCAAACAGGAGUGCUGGGAGGCGGACCACAUCUCCCACAAUCCACCUGGCUUCUGUCCGACCUCCUGCCAGGUGCCCUCCCACGACCGAGUGCCCGGCCCAGACGCGGUUUAUUAUGAUUCCUGCGACAUCCCAGUGCACUGUGGUCCUCCUUCCCAGACCACGUCUCGUCUUCGUCAUGCCCCUCCCUCCUUAGUGUUUCCUCACACCUCCUCCAUCCCUCUUCACACCUCCUCCUCCUCCUCCUGCUCCUCCAUGCCCUCGCAGAUCCCCGCAGUCCCCCAUCAGACCUCGAUUCCUCUUCAGACCCCCAUCGUGUCUCCUCAGAUCCCCGCGAUGCCUCCCCAGGCCUCUUCGGUGCCCCUUCAGACCUUCAGCAUUCCACCUCCAGCCUCCUCUGGUGGACCUCAGAGGGAACCCCCUCCAUCUCUGAGCUCUGGAAGAGCCUUUGUGGCCCCCGCUGACCCCCAGAAGGACCAUCUGCCGAUCGGUCCAGGAGAGGUGGCGAGCAUCAAGCAGGAGCCAGAAGAAGCUCUGGGCCUCCAGGAGAUCACUCUGGAUGACGUCAAUGAGAUCAUCGACAGAGACAUCGGCAGCCUGAGCAGCAGCGUCCGGCCCGACCAGUUUGACCAGUACGACUGGGAGCACGAGUACAGCGAGGCCGCCUCCCGGUUCUGCGGGGGCCCUCGGUAGUGGUCUGCUUCUGCUUUCUGGACUCAAACCAACGGACGCUCACAGUGUACCAAAGUGUCCUUCAAGUGCCUGAACAGCAGCCGGCGGUGGACUUUCAGACUGUUUCCUCCUCUUCCUCAGGAACCUUUUCACCGACAAACCAAAGAUUCUGUAGCUGCUCGUGACCGAAUGCAGGCUGUAACUCAACUGAACGAGCGGUGCUAAACGUUCACAGUCACAACAAUCAGUCCUCAUUUAUUGGCACAUGAAUUAAGAAAUCUAUUUUUGACACUCUGGAUGUGAUCCAGGAUGAAUCUGAAGUCCUUCAGCUGAUCAUUUACAGAUUUUACAGCUUGGUUUGAUUGUCUAUCGUUUACAUUUCUUUCCUCGUAACAUGAAUGUCGAUGAUACCUCGACUGUUUGCUGUGAAGCUUCGGACGCCGAAUUACAGGCUCGUGUCUUCAUGCUAACUCUGCAUGUGCUAAACUCUAUUAGCUAACUAGCCAGCUAGCUUAGGGUGCUGAUGUAGCUUAAGCCAGGCUAACCAGCUAGCUGAGUCAGUAUUGAUCCAGAGACAAAUGUGAGCUGUGCUUUAUCAGCUGGAUCCCAGUAGAUGAUCACAAAAAUGUCUGUGUGAGAUGUUAAACUGAGACGUUGAAAAGGUUUGAGAGGCCCUUGGGUCAGAAAGGUGGAGGCGACACGUUCAUUUGAUUCAGGACAACAGGGGGGUCCUGAUGCCGUCAAAUCUCAGCAGAGUAUCACAAACGAGGAGUUACCAUCCAGACACGCCUGAGUUCUAGAAAUGUCUCGUCAGGCCAAAGGAAAAUAUCGGAUAUUGUGUGUUUUGAUGAAUCAUUUGAUGAAUGAUGAGCAUGAGAUGUAAAAUAGUUUAUUCUGUCUGAACUGCCUCCAUAAAGGAUUUUAAACCAG